CGCGGGCGGGAGGAGGCGCGUCUGGGACGGGAGCGGCGGGGCCGGGCCGAGGGCGGCGGCGGGACGCGGCGGAGCUGCUCUCGCCAUGGGCGGUGGGCGCCGGGACCGGGCUCCGCCGGCCGCGGGGCUGCGGCUGCUCCUGGCCCACGCCGUGCUGCUCUGCACCAGCGGGAGCGCCGCGACCGACGGCUCCGUGAAUCCCUGCUGCUACUUCCCCUGCCAGCACCAAGGGGUGUGUGUGAGGGUCGGCCUGGGAGGAUACGAGUGUGACUGCACACGGACGGGAUACUCUGGGGACAACUGCACCUCCCCCGAGCUCUGGACACGCCUCCACAACCUGCUGAAGCCCAGUCCUGCCUUCUACCACUUCAUCCUGACCCACUUCAAGUGGCUGUGGGACAUCAUCAACAGCACCUGCAUCAGGGACACGCUCAUGAGGCUCGUGCUCACAGUUCGUGCCAAUCUCAUCCCCAGUCCCCCCACCUUUAACUCUGACUAUGGCUACAUCAGCUGGGAAGCCUAUGCCAACGUCAGCUACUACACCCGCAUCCUCCCGCCCGUGCCGGAUGACUGCCCAAAGCCCAUGGGGACCAAAGGGAAGCAGCAGCUCCCUGACCCCCAGCUCCUGGCAGAGAGGUUCCUGCUGCGGAGGAAGUUCGAAGCUGAUCCCCAGGGCACCAACCUGAUGUUUGCCUUCUUCGCCCAGCAUUUCACCCACCAGUUCUUCAAGACAUCCGGGAAGAUGGGACGCGGCUUCACCAAGGCGCUGGGGCAUGGGGUGGACCUCGGGCACUUGUAUGGGGACAACUUGCAGCGGCAGCACCAGCUGCGACUCUUCAAGGAUGGGAAGCUGAAGUUCCAGGUGGUGGAUGGAGAAGUGUACCCCCCCACGGUCACCGAUGCCCCGGUCCACAUGGUCUACCCGCCUGCCACCCCCAAGGAGAAGCAGCUGGCGAUAGGGCAGGAGGUGUUCGGGCUGCUGCCGGGGCUCUGCAUGUACGCCACGCUCUGGCUGCGCGAGCACAACCGUGUCUGUGACGUGCUGAAACGGGAGCAUCCCACCUGGAGCGACGAGCAGCUCUUCCAGACGGCUCGGCUCAUCCUCAUCGGGGAGACCAUUAAGAUCAUCAUUGAAGACUACGUCCAGCACCUCAGCGGGUACUACCUGAGCCUCAAGUUUGACCCCGAGCUGCUGUUCGGGACACAGUUCCAGUACCGGAAUCGCAUCGCGGUGGAAUUCAACCAGCUCUAUCACUGGCACGGGCUGAUGCCCGACUCCUUCGUCAUCCAGGGGGAAGAGUACAGCUAUGAGCAGUUCCUCUACAACACCUCCAUGCUCAUGGACUAUGGCGUCGAGGCACUGGUGGAGUCUUUCUCCAAGCAGAUUGCGGGAAGGAUCGGUGGGGGACAAACCAUCCACGCCAAUGUCUUGAAAGUGGCCAUUGGGGUCAUCAAGGAAUCCCGGCAGCUCAGGCUCCAGCCGUUUAAUGAGUAUCGGAAGAGGUUUGGCAUGAAGCCCUACAAGUCCUUUCAGGAGCUCACAGGAGAGGAAGAGAAAGCGGCAGAACUGCAAGAGCUGUAUGGAGACAUUGACGCUCUGGAGUUCUAUCCGGGCUUGCUGCUUGAGAAACCCCAACCCAAUGGAAUCUUUGGGGAAAGCAUGGUGGAGAUCGGAGCUCCAUUCUCCCUGAAGGGGCUUCUUGGAAACCCCAUCUGCUCCCCAGAGUACUGGAAACCCAGUACCUUUGGUGGAGCAACUGGCUUUGACAUAGUGAAGACAGCAUCGCUCAAGAAGCUCGUGUGCCUCAACGUGAAGAAGUGCCCAUACGUGUCGUUCCGUGUGCCGGAUGCUGCGGAAAGGGGCAGCCCUCAGGAUGGAGGACAUUCAACGGAGCUCUAGCACCAGCACAGCCUGCCCAGGUACCGGCAAAGCUGCGCUCCAGGCCUGGCGCUGAGCAUCCCAUUCCUUCCUGAAGGUAGUGGGGACGCCCACCACUGUGCUGAGGAGAAGCAGGACAGAAGGUGGUCCCAUCCUGGGCAUCAUCCACACCAGGCCUCUAGGAGAGGCUUGUACCAGCCCUGUGAAAACCCCGAGUGCCUCAGGGGCUGUCCUGCGUUCAGCUGUAACAGUUGUUUUUCUCCUCCUUAGUAACUGGUGCAGGGCUGUGUUU